ACAUCAAACUGGGAAUUCUUAAGAGGGAGUUGUCUGAGAAGACAAGACGUGCAAUUGCCAAUACACACGAAGAUCCACACUCGCAGAACUAGAUGCCAGGAAAAUAAUUUUAAAAAUAAAUAAUUUUUGCAAUUCCGUUCAUCUUAAAUACACAGUGGGACAUUUAUCAUAAAUGCAUUUAAAAUAUACUUCUGCCUCCAAUGUGGAACUCUGAAUUGCUUUUUCCCCCUUUCACUAAAUAUAAUAUCAUACCUAAUCAUUCAACUAGAAAUUAAACGAGAAGGCUAUCCACUGAUUUUAAAAUGAUCAUAAACUAGGUCAGAACAACUAACAAGCAACAGGGCAAGAACUGAACCGGACUGUUUUUACCAUUUGGGUUUUUUUUUCAACGUGGAUGCCAUCUCUAAAGAACUGAACAAAACAACGCCUCGCAAGAUAGGAAGAGAGCGUUGAAAGGGAAGAAACGAAAGAUCAGCAGCCAGCUAGCUAGCCUCCGUCGGAUCAUUAACGAAAGCAGCGUCUCGGAUGAAAAACUAGCCAGUCCAUUCUGUCCGACUGAAAACCUGGGGAGUUGGGCUCGGGCAAGAGCGGAGGCAGGCGGACAGAUAGUUUUCUGAAGAGCAGGACGACGGCCGCGAGACAAAGGGGGUUUGCGGUUUGCUGCGGCUGCAUCGAAUCUCCCCAGGCCGGUCCUUCCUGAGCUCGUGGUCGCUGCUACACCUUCAGCCUCUGGCGGAAUUGGUACGCAGAAAGCAGCGCGUGGAGUAGGAAAACACCGAGUGUUUUUUUUCUCUCGCCCCCCUGAAAGCCAAGAGAUCGGGAGAGAUCUCAUACCACAGGGGUGUCGCGCGAAGAAAACACCAAAGAUUUUGGACGGAGGGCGAAACUGCUGGAUGUUUUUUUUUAGCCUCGGUCUAUAUGUAUAUUUUUCUUUUUUCUUUGUGUCGAAGAUAACGCGGAACAAAGGGAGACUCGUGAACGGAAUGCGCGAGCGGAGAACAAGCUUGCCGUUGCCUGCGAAAGAAGGCCCCGUGCGUGUCUGAAACCAGCAAGAAGAGUCGGCCCCCAGGACUUGUUUGUUACAAACAAAUUUAAAAGCAGAAUUAAAAAAUAAAAAAAAAAUCUUUCAGGUAGUCAAGAUGUUCCCUCAGAAUCGACAAACGGCACCUCUGCAGCCACCCCCGGGGUCCUCGGUGUCAGCGGCCGCCGCAGCAGCAGCAGCGGCAGCGGCAGCUUCUGGAGCCCCACAGGCUCUGAAACUCACCUACCCCGAGACCCUGGACCGCAUCAAGGAGGAGUUCCAGUUUCUACAGACACAGUACCACAGUUUGAAGCUGGAGUGUGAGAAGCUGGCUACAGAGAAGACUGAGAUUCAGAGACACUAUGUGAUGUACUAUGAGAUGUCGUACGGCCUGAACAUAGAAAUGCACAAACAGACGGAAAUCGCAAAGAGGCUGAACGUGAUCUGUGCCCAACUCAUCCCCUUCCUGUCACAGGAGCACCAGCAGCAGGUGGUCCAGGCCAUGGAACGCGCCAAGCAGGUGACUAUGGGGGAGUUGAAUGCGGCGAUAGGGGUACGUGGACUCCCCCUUCUGCCUCCCACACAGCAGCUGCAGGCUCAGCACCUAUCCCAGCAUGCAGCGCAGGGCCUGCCCAUGGGGGCCCACCCCUCCAGCCUGCAGCACCCGGGCCUGGCUCUGGGGGCCGGCUCCGGCCUGCUGGCCCUCCCCGGGGCCCUGGGGGCCCAGCUGGCCGCCAAGGAGGAGCGUGCUCACCUGGAGGCCAUUGCCGAGCAACACAGAGACCGCUGGGGACGUGGGGCUGUGUGGCUGACCGGGCUGGAUAAAGACCGUGAGGCGGGACCUAGCUCCCUGUCCAAUGGAGAUAAGGGCCGGGGCUCUGAGUACCUGAGCAACGGGAAGAGGAGGAAGCCGGAGGAGAAGGAGUUCCUGACCGACUACGGCAGCGACGCUGACAAGAGCGAUGACAACCUGGUCGUGGAUGAGGACCCCUCGUCCCCCCGCAGCGUGCAGUCCUACUCGUCCCGGGAGAACGGGCUGGAGAAGCUCCCCGCCUCCCGAAAGGAGGCCCCGCCCCAGGCCAGUCCCGCCUCCCUGGCCUCCUCCAGCAGCGCCGCCUCCCCGUCCCGCAGCAAGGAGGUGCCCUCGAGGGACAAGUCCAGCACCCCCGUGAUGAAGCCGGGCACCCCAAUGCCUCCGGAGUCUUCCACCCCGGGGCCCAGCGUGCCCCCCCAUUUCCGCCCCGCCCCGGGGAAGCCCGGCAUCGACCCCCUCGCUCUGGGUCUGCGGAACUCCCUGGCGGUGCAGGGUGCCUACCCGGCCGGAGCGUUUGGGCUGCCCCCGGGGGUGAACGGGGAGCUGGGCGGGGCAGCCGCGGUGUACGGGGCGGGGCUGCACCUGGUCUCCCCCGAGAUGAACGGGGUGGCAGUGGCGGCUGCAGCGGCGGCUGCUGCGGGAUACGGGCGCCCCCCGAUGGUCGGAUAUGAGUCUCCACACUCCCGUAUGAGAGUUCCAGGCCUCCCUCCCAGCAUGCAACAGGCUGCCUCAGGAAAACCUGCGUACUCGUUCCACGUGAGCGCGGACGGGCAGAUGCAGCCGGUGCCCUUCCCUCCGGACGCUCUGAUUGGCCCGGGCAUCCCGCGCCACGCCCGGCAGAUCCACAGCCUGAGCCACGGGGAGGUGGUGUGCGCCGUCACCAUCAGCGCCUCCACCCGCCACGUCUACACCGGCGGCAAGGGCUGCGUGAAGGUGUGGGACAUCAGCCAGCCCGGCAGCAAGACCCCCAUGGCCCAGCUGGACUGCCUGAACCGAGACAACUACAUCCGCUCCUGUAAGCUCCUCCCAGAUGGGCGGACCCUGAUCGUCGGGGGCGAGGCCAGCACGCUGUCGAUCUGGGACCUGGCCACGCCCACCCCGCGCAUCAAGGCGGAGCUGACGUCCUCGGCUCCCGCCUGCUACGCCCUGGCCAUCAGCCCCGACAACAAGGUCUGCUUCUCCUGCUGCAGCGACGGCAACAUCGUGGUGUGGGACCUGCACAACCAGACGCUCGUCAGGCAGUUCCAGGGCCACACGGACGGGGCCAGCUGCAUCGACAUCUCCAGCGACGGGACCAAGCUGUGGACGGGGGGGCUGGACAACACGGUGCGCUGCUGGGACCUGCGGGAGGGGCGGCAGCUGCAGCAGCACGACUUCACCUCCCAGAUCUUCUCUCUGGGGUACUGUCCCACAGGGGAGUGGCUGGCCGUGGGGAUGGAGAGCAGCAACGUGGAGGUGCUGCACGUCUCCAAACCCGACAAGUACCAGCUGCACCUCCACGAGAGCUGCGUGCUCUCCCUCAAGUUCGCCUACUGCGGUAAGUGGUUCGUGAGCACGGGGAAGGACAACCUGCUGAACGCCUGGCGCACGCCGUACGGCUCCAGCAUAUUCCAGUCCAAGGAGUCGUCCUCGGUGCUCAGCUGUGACAUCUCCCCGGACGACCAGUUCAUCGUCACGGGCUCGGGAGACAAGAAGGCCACCGUUUACGAGGUCAUCUACUGAGGAUGCUCACCGAUUGGAUAACGUCCCGGCGAGGUCAUUUGUUUCCGUGCACCAAAGAACAGAGAAGGGGGCGUGGCUUGGCGAGACCUAUGGAAGGAGAGCUGUAUAUUCUUUUUUUUAUUUUUUUUUAUUUUGAGGGGUACUACUACUUUUAAAAUUUGUGAACAGGACGGGCGCUGAGGCUGACUACAGAUUUCUCCAAAGACUUUGAACCUUGUUUUGUUUUUGUCUUUUUUUAAUUUUUUUUUAAAGAAAUCAAACCUCUACUAAGCCUUUGGGGUCUUCAUAAGCAGCAAGGUCUGGUAUGUGUUCUUCGGGGCGGGGGGCGGGGGCGUUAGGAGUGGGAUAUCGGUCUAAGACUUGUCCCAGCUGUGUAUGCGCGUGUGUGUGUGUGUAUGCGCGUGCGCGUGUGUGUAUGUGCGUGCGCGU